AGAACGAGUGGCUAUUCAUGCUUUAUCGGAAAUUUGAGACCGUCUGAACGAUACGCCCUGGGACUUUUUCGUCAUCUGCAUUGAAACACGAACUGGUUUCAGCGCAGAAGUACCGUAUUGCUUGGGCCUGAAAGAUCUUGGUCUGCGGUGGCUCAGUAAUUUCGAGCAAAUGUGGCUGCGUUGUUCGUAUCGUACCGUGUUUACUCUAGUUUUCGUCGCCUUUCCAUUGAUCGGAUUUUGUCAAGGUAAGUAAGUUUCUUGUGUCAACGACAAUGGUUUCCCGUCGUUUCAACAACUCCCAGCCUGUGGCGUUGUUUAUUGUUAUCUCAAUAAUUAUUUGUGACUAUUGUAGCUACCGUAACUUAAUUCAUAAGCAGCUAAAUCUUGAUCAAGGUUCUUUGUACGCAAAUGUGGUCAUAAAAUUACAAUAGUAAGUUUAAAAGCUUAUUUUUACGUAAUCUUACUUUUAUGCGUAGCAUAAGCUUUAUACAAUGUUGUUUAUGUUUUGCUGUUUGUGGUUUUGUAGACAAAAAGCGUUUUAUUGUAGUUAAAGUACUGUAUGUCUACUACAAGGAUCUCUGGUCAUCCUCCUCGCUGCGAUCAUAAGGCAGCUAAAUAUGCUGCGAUGAGGGUCGCCAUAUUGAAGCCCAUUUUUAUAACAACAUGAAAUUCACAUUUUCGUGGAAUAUGAAAGCAGUCCUUUGUAAAAAAGAAAUACAAUGCGUUGUAGAUAAGCAGGAUCCAAAACGAUGGUGAUCACAACGAUAUGCCCCGCAAGGUGAAGUAGUCACGCGGCAUUUUACGGUCCAGUCCGUAAAAUAUAAGCUUAAAGGUUACUGCUUACAGUUGUUUAUAUUUGCAUAACAAAUCUCUUUUAGUUAUUAAAACUUUAUUGCCCUGAUAUUAGAAAUAUAUUUUUUUUUAAUGUCAAAAGAUAGUUCAAGAUAGUGUUCUGUCAUAUUGAGAAUUGAGAGAGUGAAUUUUAACUAGAAAUACUGACCAGUACGUGCAUCACAGAGCCUCGAGAAGCACAGGUAAAGGACCAGAUGUAGAAAGUAAGGGGAGAGAAGCCAAUGGGUAAAAGAAAAUAUAUAUAUAUUUUUAAAAACAAAUGAAACAAAUAAGCAAAUAAAACAAAACAACAACAACAACAAAAAAAAGAAAAAAAUAGGACGGGUUCUCGCUAAGGUAGAUUCGAACCCCACACCUUCGGCCUUGAUGCAACCUCUCCUUACCACUACACUACUAAGGAUGAUUGCGCAAGUCUGGUAAAAAGUCUUUGAUUUAAGGCCUUUCCCAUGGAACUUCCCCCAGCAAAUGCUGUUUAAAGCAUCUAAUCCAUAUGCGAAACUCAAAGCAUACGGACUAGACAAGAACAAGAAUGUUCUAAAAGCGUUGAAGUCUCGCUUGCUUGGAGAUAGAUAAGAACUGAGGAGGCGAUUUAUUCUAAAUGAAACAGGAUUUUCUUGCUAAAAGUUUUUCACUCUUGACGAUUAUUGAGUCAUGUUUUAAUAAAUGAAAAUCGAGAGUUAUUACAUCAUUGCAAGAGAGAAAAAAUAGUCCUUUGGGAGGGCAUGAGCUUACUGGCAAUGAAUAGUCUGUACAAAUAAAAGAGCAAUGCCGGAUACCUAUGGUGCAAAGCAUAAAUGUUUAAUGCUGUGUGCUACAAGGAUAAUUUUCCAAAGAGAAAAUUUAAAUUAUUUAAUAGUUUGUAUCGCUCAGUGUACCUUGUUUUUUUCAACACGUUUGUUUUCUAUUUCCAAUAUGUUUGUCGUGCGUUAUCUGUGGAAAACGUACGUAAUUUACAUGGUAAGUAUAAUUAAAACACUGCCUGUACCUAAAGCUACUAUUUAUGGCCUUCAUUCUUUAUCAUGCUGCUAAACUAUGGAACUUACUACCGCAUUCUAUGUGUACCAGUGAUUUUGCAAAGUUUGAAAACCAACUAGCUAGCCUAGACAGUAAAUAAGUUAGAGUAUAUUGUAUAUACAGGUAGUGUUAUUUUCAAUCAACUUUCCACAAGGUUUUUUUUAGGCAGGUACAAAUGUCGGACCAGAUCAACUCGGACCGCCUGUCCGGGUCGGAUCAACUCGGAUCGACUGGGAUCAAAUUAAAAAAUUAAAAAUAAAAUAAAAGUGGACGCAGAUCAACAAAAAAAAAUUAAUUUAAUUAACAAAACUGAAAAUUUAACCCAUUUGGAGGGUAAAAAAGUUUUUUUUUCUCCAUGGCUUUCAGCCGCCAUUUUGUUUUACUAGCGCCAGUUCCUCUCGGAUCAUGUUAUGAACUCGUGGUUGCAUUACACAACGCGCAUUCUGUUUCAAGGAUACAGAUAUGGAUGACCUAGAGGAAGGUAAAAUCUCGACCAUUUGCUUCAUUCCAAAGAAGUCGCCUAGAAUGUAUAUAUUUGCUUAUUUUUAAGUGUACUGAAUUAUUUAUGAGAAAAGCAUCAAAGGCCUGAUGUGUUGAUCGCAUUUAGAUAGUUACCGAAGAGUCAGACUGAAGAGUGUUCUCAUUCCUGUUUGUUUUUUUCUGCAGGACUUCUGAAACUUGAUUUUAGUGAUACACUAGUGAGCAGCACACAUACGAUCCGAGUCGAUCCAAGUUGAUCCGACCCGAACUGGCGGUCCGAGUUGAUCCGGUCCGACUUUUGUACCUUCCUCUUUUUUUAAUUUUGUUUAUUCGAGGAAAAGUAAAGUUUAUGUAUGUAUGUAUCUAUAUAGAGCUGAUCAUCAAGCCGUAUUAAAUACAAAUUCAAAGGUAUAUUUCAGGAAAAUGAGCAGGCUAUCGACAGUAAAAAAUUAAUGUAAAUGCAUUUCAUGGCAAUGAAAGAACACAUGCCUAACAAAGCUGACACAUGUACAGCUCAUCUGCAAAGUAGGAUGCAAAAUGUAUGUUUUCUUAGGUGGCUUUCCCCUGUUAUUUUCAAGCUAAUGGUCCAAAUCACAUCCAUUUUCUGUAAAAGAUACUUCUGCCUUCAAAAUUUAUUGCUAAAAGCAUUUCUUGACCCCUUAAACAGCCGUUAAAGCAACUGGGCCAGGUUUAUGGCAGUUUUGUUUAUACACUGCAUUGUUGCUAGGCAACUGCAUUUGCCCAAACUGACAGAUAGAGAGAGAUAUUUAUGACCAAAGCAAGAUCAUGCUUUGCUUAAUGAUUGUCAUGUGCGUUGUUGUCAUGUUCUGUGCUCAUGAUAAAUUUAUAAACUUGCUUCACAAUAAUUAUUGUUUUGGAACCCUUAGACAUGCUUAGACAGGCUUGAUUUACUGAAGUUUGGUCACGUUUAAUUUUGAACUAAACAGGCUAAUAUUAAUAACAGGCUUGUAGUAAUAACUCAGUGUUUAGCUUUUGGAAACAACAAUUAAUAUUUAAGUGAUAUUCGAGCAUACUGUUGGUAUAUAUGUAAAUUACAAGCAUAUAUGUUUUGCCUCAGCUAUAUCAUACUCCUCCUCUGACGGGUGAUUCCUGACUUCAUCCCCCUCCCCCAAAGUCUGUAGGGACAGGAGCUUGUAUGCUGACGCCACAACCAAAUUUUCUCGGAUGGGUAGAUAACCAAAUUUUCUUAGCUUUGGACCUCCCAUAUUAAUAGUUAUGAUUUGGUAGAUAAAUUCGUCUAUUGUGUGUAAAUUUUAUUGUGCAGAACAUUAAGCCCUAUCCACACAAAUGUAGAUAUUUGCACUAAUGCACAUCUUUUUAUUUGAAUCAUCCUUCCAUAUAUCUACAUGGAAACAGUGAAUCAGCUCACCAAAAAUGCCUUUCUUUGAAACCCCUGUCUGGAUCUCUCUGGAUUGGAUUUUUUUAAAUUGAUGUGCUUGGCAAAUUCUUUUAGAUGACUGAAACUGGAUAUUUUUUUAAUCUGUAGACAAAUUUAAACUAAGCUGUAUUUAUUCCAGGAUUGUCAGGCUCAAUUCCUAAGGCUACAACACUCCAAAAGGUUCGAGUUCUCAAAAUUGCACAAGAUUCCAUAGAUUCAUAGGUUCACAGAUCAUCAAGACAGCCACAAGAACACAACAUGUUUUCACACACCGCCUCAGAGCACUUGCGAACUAAACCUUAUUUCAUCGUGCACAAAGUCAACUACAUGUCUAUCAUAAACCUGAAUCCAGACUUAAAUGAAAAACUUGCAAAUUCGAAUAGGCAGGCAACAAGCUUGGAUACUGUUCUUCAAAUGCCAGUCAAAGUUUUCCAUCGACUUUGCUCUUUGUGAUUAUCAAAAAUAUCAACCAUCCAAAUUUCUAAACGUACUGCAAGAAGCAUUAUUUCAUAAACUAGUGGUGGUAGUAAUUUGCAAUUUUUAAUAUAUAUUCAUCUGUUUUUUCUUUAGAUGUAUUACCCUAUCCUGUAGGAUUGUACCCUCUUAAUAAUAUUCAUAAAACUGAUGAUGCCAGUUGCUAUGGUAACCUGGGUGGUACUGCCAAGGAUGCUCACCUUGUAACAGGUCCACUCAGUGAACCAGAUACUGCUUACGAGUUUGCAGGGAGCAGCACAAGUUACAUUGAUAUUCCACAAUUGCAGCACUUUGAUGCCGACACUUCUAUCACAAUAUUGGUGUGGAUUUUACAAACUGGACAGGCUGGGUCUGUAUUUAAAUAUGGCAAUAGUGACAGGGAAGUAGGAAGGUGCUUAUCAUCUAUGACUUAUUCUUUAGAACUUUACACAUCAAGAACUUAUUCUUUUAGCGCACAAUUUGUUGAACCAAAUGGAGAGUCAGUUUCUCUUAGUAAUAAUACAGUCACUCUUGUCAACAAGUGGCGUUAUGCUGGUGUGUCGUACAACCACAAUAGUGGCACUGCAACAUUGUGGAUAGAUGGUAAUGAUGUUCAGAGAAAAAACCUAAAGAAACUGAAAUUAUGUACAGAUGGAAAAAUUCGGAUUGGUGGCAGAGAAGAAGAAGGCAAAAGCUUUCAAGGAAGAAUAUCAUGCCUACAGAUUUAUGAUAAAGAACUUACAACCAUGGAAGUAACAGCUGUAAAAAACAGAUGUUUCAAUGGUAGUCAACGUAUGUAUGAUUAUCUUAUUUUAUUAUUUCAGAGUAAUAAAACCAACUGUUUAUAUGUGAAAGUGGUCAAUCACAUAGCAGGACAGUGUAACCUAAUUUAGUUUAUUUUUACUUUCCGACACAGAAUAUAAGGAAUGGAGUUUAGCUCUAUAGCUCUAUAGCUGAACCCCAUUACCAUGUUUACUUCAUGGAAGGAUUAUAAGAAAAAGAAACUUAACAAAACUUAGUAAUCUUCCAAAUAAGAGAAAAGAAAGCAAGAGAUUGAGGAUUUGGAACUUUAAACACCUUUCUGUUCUACACAUAUAUUAUUCACAAAUCAUUUACCCUAAUUGUUGUCAGUGUGUUGAAAUAAAUGUCACCCUUAAAUAAUGCUAAAAAUUCAAUAAACACCACAGCGUUUAAUGAAAGAAAUAUGAUUAACUUUUUAUUUUUGAUAUCUGAUGAUCACUUAAUGUGUGAAACUGACGUGACUGCCUCUAAUUCUCUAUCUCAGAAUUUUUUAUUUUUGAUGUAUAUGUAUCAGUCAUGACCCACAUAAUACAAGCACCCUUACUCUUUGUGUUGGUCCCCUCAGUGUCUGUAUUAAUUGGGUUACACUGAAUCUAAAAUUUCAGUUGACUAGGAAUUUAACAUGGGGCAUCUUUUCACACUAGCAAAUAUAAACCCUAGAAACUGUAACAUAACCAGAACCAUAAUAGUUUAAAACUUUGAGAAUACACGUAUCUGGAUAUGUGUUUUAGCAUGAAGUACAAAGAAAGAUCAAAUCAAGGAUUCCUUGUAUCUGGGAGAGGUGUUCAAUAAAUUCUUGUGUUUCCCUUAGAAUUUAUUGAUAUUUUAGGGUAAUAUUUUGAGUGGGAUACUACACUCAAUGUUAAAGCAAGCUUAGGUGAAGUAAAUUAUAAUGUGUAGUAAAACAGUUGCUUUUUGUCCUUUAAACAGCUCCCGUGGACUGUACAAAAGCUUCUGUGCAAUGUAAGUGUUAGCUCAGUUCUGUCCUUGAAUAGAACAUAACAAUGAUGCUUUUUAACUGGUUUACAUUAAUGCUUGUCAAAUUUAGAAUAAAUACAUUGUAUUAUUUGUAAUGUUAUUUCUUAUUUUUGUUUGAUAGCAUGUGGUGUAUCUAUGAGCACCCUGUCAGGAACAUUCUCCUCCCCAGGGUACCCCACUGGGUAUCCUUAUGAUACAGCCUGUAAGUGGGAUAUAAAAGUUCCAAGUGGAUAUAUCAUUACUUUGAAGUUCAGGUGUGCUAUAUUUUCUUCAGUGUUCAGGGCUUGAAAUAACGGCAGGUCAACAGACAAUGUCCAGUCAAAAAUAGGUUUUGUCUGGUCAAAUCCUUAGAUGGUUGGACAUUUUGUCUGCUCUUUUACCCUUCUAAUGUAAUUCAGACGUUCACUUUUUUUAAAUACAGUUGGUCAAGACUGGACAUUAUUGACGUUUGUAAAGGAAAAAGUGGCGAGAGAGAGAAAAAGGCUACCAGAUCAAGAACUUUUAUAAGUUAAACCAUUCAUAACACAAGGCCUCUGAUAGGUCGCAGAAAAAAAAAGUCAAAAUUCGUGGGUGGGAUUUUUCUGGGCAAAUUUCGCUAGAAAGCAAUCUGUUUUGCGCUGAUUUCACAAACGUUUUUAAUGAAAGAAAACAGCAAUUUUGCCAAUUUCUUUUUUUUUGAGGGGGGGAGGGGGGAGAUGAUGAGUGUUAGCCUGUGCAAUAACAGCAACAACAGAAACUUUGACUACUUAUAAAUGUUGCCUUUUUAAAACCAGUGAUUUUGUGCUCAAAACCCCCCCUUGCUUUGUGAUCUCGUUUAGACUCAAUCAGAGAUCAUCAUUUGCUCUUUUAACAACAGGAGCUCAGAAAUGCACCAAUGGUAAAACUUUUUAUAUCAUGCACUGGCCAGUGCCCAGUUUUUCACAAUAGUAAUCUAAGAACAGUGAAAGAAAACUGGGAUAAGUUGUAGCCAUUUGGGCCUUUGGCUUGUGUUCUCCUUUUUUAAAAUACUAUUCUAGUUAAAACCCCCACUGGAAUGAUAAUCUACAUUCUUCAAAUUACAUAGCACAAAAAUUGCUCUCAAAAAAAUAUUUAGACUCACCAAGUUCUGUAUCAAUAAAAAAUUUUUAAACAAUUGACCAGAAAGUAGAACUGACGUAGACUUUAUCAACAGGGUUUUUAAUUUGGAAAAGUCACACAGUCUAUGGCCAGAGUGCCCUGACUAUGUUAUUGUGCGGGAUGGCAUUAACAGUUGGUCAAAGCCUCUCAAAUCUCUGUGUGGUGGCCAGACAGGCUGGGAAGAAGAAAUUGUAUCAUCUGGGAAUGUUAUGAGGGUGGAGUUUAAUACAGACAGGGAACGCUCUGCUCCAGGCUUCACUGCAGAAUAUACUGCAAGCAAGAUUUCCAAAGGUAAUGUGAAGGAUUUGUAUUUUCGUCUGAAUGCCAAGAGUAAAAAGUAAAAGCUUUGACUGGGCAACAAACCAUAACCAGCCACAGCAGCGACUAAAAUUUGUAGUCACAAUUACGCAAUAAUUUGUGCAAAAAAUUAUUAUUAUUAUUAUUAUUAUUAUUAUUAUUAUUAUUAUAUUGAUUACCACCACAUUCCCGAUCAUAUCAAAUCACUGGUGAAAAGUCUUUACACUGACUUCAAUACGUCUAUUCUUACAAGUGAAAUUCGCACUCUGUUUAUAUCUGUUGGUUGUGAUGUACUCCAAGGUGAUUGCCUUAGCCCACUUCUCUUCAACUUGUGUUUUAACACGUUUCUACAGCAUAUUAAAUCCGAAAAAUACCGUCAAUUUGGCUUUUCCCUCAAGUUCUUAAAUCCCCUCCACUGGUUCCAGUUCGCUGACAAUGCUGCUGUCAUAAGUGGUCAGGAACCAGAAAAUCAACAUCUAAUCAACCGCUUUAUAAUCUGGUGUAAUUGGUCGAACAUGAUAAUAAGAGUUGAUAAAUGUUCUACUUUUGGAAUACGGAAACUUUGCACUAAAUCUGUCCAAUAUUUACCCAAACAAUUGAUCAAUGGAGUUGUAAUUCCCUGUGUGGAAAUGGGUGAAUCAUUUUGUUACUUAGGCCGCUUCUUUGACUUCAACAUGUCUAACAACCAACACGUCUGAAUUGUCCUCUCUUGUACAGGACUUGAUGAAUGACAUUGAUAUAAAGCCACUGCAUCUUAAACACAAACUUCUUCUGUACAGCCGCUAUGUCCUAUCUAAACUGUCCUGGCAUUUCACUAUAGCUAAUAUAUCCAAUAAUUUUCUAAUAUUUUCUCUGAUGAAUGCUCCACAUUCUUAGCCAUGAUGGAUGACAUUGGCGUUGACAAAAAGCAGCAACUUUAUAUAAACAAGAAAAUGAUAAAUAUAGCCAUUAGAGCAACAUAUUACAUCUUUUGCUGUAGAAAUAGGAAUUGGGAAAGCCCAGAAUUAAUGCAAUUUUGAUUUCUUUUCUUUUCCUUUCUUUUCUUUUUUUUUUGUGUUUUUGUUUUGUUUAGUUUUAUUUUUCUGAAUAAUCCAAUCUCAAGCAGCAUUUGUAAAUUGCCUAUACGUAGCGAGUUUUACAAUUGUACAUUCAAAAACUGAAAUAAAGUUUCCAUUAUUAUUAUUAUUAUUAUUAUUAUUAUUAUUAUUAUUAUUAUUAUUAUUAUUACUAUUAUUAUUACUGUUAUUAUUAAAGAGCUUGAAUAGAAUGAUAUAAACAGCCUAUUAGAGAAGUGCCUCAGGGACUUCACUAUGAUGGCCUUCAAGGGCUAGGCAUUGCUUUGGAAUUCUUUGAAAAUUCUCUUCAGUUUUUACAAUAUGAUAAGCUAAGGGAAGAUCUAAUGUUUUAAGUAAUUAAAAUCUCCCAUCUUCCCCUGAAAUAACUAAGCAAGUUCCAGCUUAACUGUUCAAAUCUGUCCCCUAAUUUUUCCUAAGAGUGCUCACCCUUAGGAGCAGCCAUCUUGAUUUCAAAUGUAUGGAUGGAGGUGAAAGAAUAACCACUAUAAUCCCCAGGGCUGACUCCCUCAGUACAUUUGAAACCAAGAUGGCCCCCUGUAUUGUUAGCACUUAAUUCAUGGCGCUGCACCUGAGUAUUUAAGUAAUUUGAUAAGUGUUAGGAAGAUGUGUAGAUACAGUCUGCAAUCGAAUGCUGGCAUACUUCUUGAGCUACUGAGUACCAGAUUGAAGAACACUUAAAGGGAUAUAUCAGAUUCUUUUACAUCCACUGCUCCUAGACUUUGGUACCCUGCGAGCAGAGGCUACAUUUUCGCAUUGUGAUCUGGUGUGCGAAAGUAGCCUCUGCCGACAACCAUUCAAAUCCAUUCAGAAAUCUGGACAAAUAAAUUUAAAAAAAUGGUUUUUUCCUGUUCUUGACCAGUUUAGAGCAUUGCGUGAGUCUUGCGUAGCAAGUCAGAGUUGUCGCAACUGUUUUAUUCCCGCGAAACUCAUGCCACUUGACGGCAGAGCUGACAAUUAAUUUGACUUGCACGUGUGACGAACUUCGCGCAUCCACGAUAGAAAAUUGAACGGUUGUCGGCAGAGGCUACCUUUUGCAUGACAGCUCACACAGCGAAAAUGUAGCCUCUGCUCACAGGGUAAGACUUUGGAAUAAGUUGCCUUAAUUUUGAAUAUCAGAAAUGCAGGCACUUAAGCCAAUUUUAAAUCUAGUUUAAAGACAUAUUUAUUUCAUUCAUCUUUCAAUGUUAGCUAAUCAUUUCAGUAUGACGUUUUGUAAUUUAUAUUUAUAAGGAUAUACAUGUAGAAUAUUAGCUAGUUUUUAUGAUUGACGUUUUGUAUUCUAUGUUUAUCAGGAUACUUAUUUCUUAGCUAAUUUUUAUGAUUUUAAAGCGCAUUUGAUCAAAUGUAUGUGUAAAUUUUGCACUAUAGAAAUAUUAAAUAUUAUUAUUAUUAUUAUUAUUAUUAUGAUCUUGUGGGAAAAUGUGGUUCUGUGGGCAGUCUAAAUUGCAGUAAAACAGAUAACCAGUCUCAACAAUCAAGUACCUUCAUCACUAAUUUGACUACCUUGCAUUCAUACUAUUAUUUUUUUUCUUUUCCUUCUUUGUUUACAUCAGAUGAAUCAGAUGAGAAAGGGCUGAUAGAUUUUAGUCGUCACUAUACUGGUAUUGUGAUAGGCGUGGCAUGUGCAGCAAUAUUUGCUAUCUUAGCAAUCAUGAUAUUCAGUCACACCAGAAGGAGACUACGGGGAAAUCGUAGUGACACUUUAACCCGCCGUCAGUCUAUGCCCUUCUCUGAUAAUGAUGUCUUUCAGCAGAAUGCACCACCAACAUAUGAUGAUGGUAAGCUUUCAUUUCAUAAGGUGGUUCUAAAUUUUGAGUCUGUGGACAAAAUCCUGCAGUGUGACCAUUUAAAUGAAACCACAUCUCAGCAGUACUUUCACAUGGUACAAGUUAUUUAGUACAGUGGAACCCCACUCUAUGGAGACCCGUAUAUAUAAUAUUAUAUGUAGUAAAAUCCAACUAGUGGUCUAUUAUCAAUGCUACAUUCUGACUGGUUGAGCUACUACUAGGUUAUAUGUUAUAGCCCACAAGUAGCGAAAAGUGCCGGCUUUGAAAACCAAAACAAUGGCGGCUGAAUUGCGUUUUGCUAGUUAAAGUUAGUUUUGACCAACUAGUUGGAUUUUAGUAAAACAAUUAUUCCUCAAGCCCGAAUGGCCUCUGAGUCAAUGGCCCAUUCGGCCUUCAGCCUCGUGGGCUAGCUAUUGACUCAGAGCCCAUUCGGGCUCGAGGAAUAAUUGUUAAAUAUAGUCUCUAAUAUUAACCUGCUCGAUACGGACACAUUAUGGACACUAUGGCAUGUCCUGUUUGGUGUCCCUAUUAACCCAGUUCUACUGUAUUUAUUUCUAAAUUUUGAGUGUGUGACUAUUCAGUUGAAACCUCUUCAGCACUACUGUCUCAUGGUACUACAGUCAAACCCCAAAGGGACCACAGAAAGUGUCCAUUUUAACGGGGUGUGUUCAUAUUAAGCGGGAAAUAAAAGAGGACAUAAACUUAAUCGUCAAAUUAAACUUCUCCAACCUUCACAAAGCCAACAUUACGUGGUUUCAGCGGGGCUUAACACUAACUUUUCAACUUAACACUUACUACUUUAGUGGCUAGUGACAAGUAAGAUGUUACUAGCUAAAAAACAUUUUUACCAGCCAAGCGUUGAUGUUACCUUGUUAUAAUGAAGUGACCACAUUAAUGAGGUUGGCUUUCUAUGAGAAUUUGUUGAUUGGCCAAGAAAUAACUGUCUGUUGUCUGCAUUAACAGGUGUCGGUACUAAGCGAGUUGAAUUUCGAGAAAAUGUAAGGGCUUUCUCUCCCCUGGGACAAAGCAAACUGUCUGCAAUAACGAGGUGUCCAUAUUAAGCGGGUGUCCGUCCCUGUGUCUGGGGUUCGACUAUAUUGUACAAAAUGAAAUCUAGAAUUUUUGUCAUAUGCCAUGUGCACUCAGUAGGCAAGGAAAGUAGACAUUAUUUUUUCCUUUGCCGAGCUUUUCUACCCUGUCUGUUGAUUGCUCAAGGGCGAUCACUACUGAAAGACCUUAAGAUACACAGUUUCUGGCUACCAUCACGGGUAGGUUACCACAUUUGCCUUUUAGUUAUAUAAAAGGCAACCAUUAUUUCGCAGAUGAGGUAACGGUGUUACCUUUCCACCCGGUAGUCUACACGUUUCUCCGGGGUAGGAAGCAAUCUACCCGUAUCGUGGCUACUAGUACACGCGUACAUGGAAAAGGUGUAUCUCGUCUUAACACUUUUUUUCUGAAAAAUAGUGCUGCAUUGGAGUGUAACUUUUUUGUAAUGUUUAAACCUCUGUUAAAUUUUGUUUUUUUGUAAAACAUUACAGUCAUGCGGUUUCCAGAGCUUUAUCCUCCAACUCCCUGUCAAGGAUCAUUAGCCAACACUCCUGCUGCAACACCUCGAAGAGGAUCACCAGUUUCAACACCCACACUGCCCCACCGCUUACUCAAUCCACCUCGAUCACCAGCUGUGAUUCCAAAGGUUGGAACACCCAUUGGCAUGCCUCUUUUAAACACAUGGCGAGGGAGUAGUACACCACCAAGUACAUCCAGAGUGUCAUUACAGCGGGGUAUUUCACCCUUAGCAAGAGCAGAGUUGACACCGCAGCAUUCCCGACCUGCAGAUCAUCUGUCUUCAGAUGAGCAAGAUGGAGAUGAGGAUGAUGAAGAGCUGCCACCAUACCCAGGAACAGUGAAUGUUGCAUCGGUGUUAAAUCAAGUGAGAGAAACUUUAGAACUUAGUAGACUUGCUACAAGGCAAACGUCAAAUCCUUCAUUAAGUGACAGUAGUAAUUCAUCUGACAGUAAUGAUAACAGGACAGUGGGUGGUCAAAGGAGACCAUGUGACACACGUGCCGCAGUUUUGGAUAAUACAGGAGAUGUACAGACAAGUCUAGAACCAAAUAGAGUGCAAAGUGGUGAUAACAACACUGGUGAUCUUGAUAAUCCUUGGGUUUCCUCCAAGGUUGCUCGAGUAGCUCCACCUGGAAGAACUUUACGAUCGAUUGAGUCUGAUGUUUGA